GUUGAUUUAUAAGGCUGCGCUGAGCUUUAGAGUUGAGCACAAGCAACCCAACCUGAAGAUCCUGAGAGUGUGCCAGCGAGUCUGAAAGAGAUUGUUCUUCAAGAAUGAAACUCCUUAUCAUAAGCCUCCUUUUUGCAGCCUGCUAUGCUGUGCCAAUGGAUCUAUCCGGUAAAAUGUUCGUCUUUCCAGAGAAGUCUGCAACUGCUCGUGUUCAGCUUCUGCCAACAGGAAAUAACUUCACAUCAGUGACUGUCUGCUUCAGGUACAUCACUGACCUCACUCGUCACUAUAGUCUAUUCUCCAUGGCAACCAGUACCAAUUCCAACGCCUUCUUGAUCUUCAAAACAUCCAUUGCUGGCCGUUUUGAUUUCUGGACCCAUGAUCAGAAUACUCUUUUUGACGGCAUACCCAGUGAGCAGAACACCUGGUACUCCAUGUGCGGCACCUGGGAUGGCAACUCCAGGCUGGUCCAGUACUGGACCAACGGGUCCCCCAGCACCAAGAAGGCCGGUUUCCAAGGCAAUAUAGAUGGAAAGCCAUUUAUAGUAUUGGGACAAGAGCAGGAUUCUUUUGGUGGGAAGUUUGACGCUGGGCAGUCAUUUGUUGGGAUGAUCACUGAUGUCCACAUGUAUAAUUACGUGCUCUCUCCGUGUGAGAUCCAGGCCUUCACCAAUGAUCUCAAUUUCACCCCUGGAAAUGUGAUCAACUGGAGGGCCCUUGAGUUCAUCAGCACUGGCACUGUUGUACUAGACAACAGUCAGAUGAAUGGCUGCUACAGGGGUCAGUCUUGAUUUACUGAUUAGAGAUCUGCUUUGUUGGAGCCCUAUAGAGUGGGCCCAGUUUUAUAAAUGGAAUCAGCAUGAAAUAGCUGAGUGGUGGGGGGCACUGUAUCUUUACCAUAGGCAGAGUGUGGUUACACAAGAGGAAAAUGACCAUGGCAUUAUGCACUUGUAUCAGUCAAUGGCUGUUAAGAAAUUACUUCAUUGCUUAUUACAUAGCUUCAAAGUACAAAGGUGUGGUCUAUAUGCAAUUGCUUGAAUCACUAAAAUAACAGUAAACAAACUAAUAAGGGACCAUCUGUUUUCUGUAGUAUUAACACCUUUAAUCUCAUAUCUUUCACUUUACCUUUUUUACUUUGACGUAUUGUAUCUCUUGAUAGACUGUGAAAGUGUUCUGACGGUGGAGAAAUCCUGAUUGAAGAGCACUUGGACUGUGCUAGACUUUAAAAAAGGCAAAAUAAAAGGCUUAUCUCUGGUGAGCCAACUAUAACACCUGACUGAAAGCAUCUUCUCUUCCAUCAUCUGAAGGACAUACAGUGUAUGUUUGGGCACCCAUAUGACAUCUCAUCAUAAACUG